UUUGCAUUGAAUGAGUGUUUAGUAAAUGAUUGCACUUUUGAUUGAAUGGUGUUUUGAGUGAUAUAUUGGACACCAUCUGAGGACUAGUGAACCGUUGAAGAUGUCAUCCGAAGAGAUGUCAACUCAUUAUUCAGUCCUUCAUUGCGAUGAAAAGGCGUCCAAACAAGAGAUCCGAAAACAGUACAAGAAAUUAGCUCUUAUGACACAUCCGGAUAAGACUGAGUCCAUGACUUCGUGCGAAGACUUCCAUCGUAUCGAUAGAGCCGUCAAAGUAUUGGACAACGAUUUAAGUCGUCGUCAAUACGACUGUCAACUCAUCGACAAUAGAAGCGAUAAUUGUAUUAUCAAUGAAGAGCUCUCUAUAAGUGAUUUGACACUGAAUUGUGAUAUGUAUUCAUAUGGAUGUCGUUGUGGCGGAUCCUAUGAGAGCUAUCCGAUCACAAGUCUCCAUAAAGUGAGUCCCUGUGAUGAGGGAUACGUAUACAUCCCCAUUGUAUUCAUGUCGAUGCUAUACAUCGUGUAUUUGGUCGAGUGCUGGCACUGCAACACCCGCUUUGAACUCAUCUAUGCUCUAAACGCGAGCGCCGUUUACACACACAUCCAGCAGAUGAGAGAAGCACAGCCUAUCAUUUGGUGGAAGGCAGUCAGUUAUCAUUACGUCCGACGCUCUCGACAAGUGACUCGUUAUCGCAACGGCGACGCCUACACCACCGCUCAGAUAUAUUACGAGCGAAUCAAUAGUCACGUCACGGGAUCCUGUUUCUCGUAUGGAGGCUGUGGUGUCAAAGAUAUCUCUAAGAAACUAUUGGAUCUGGAGUUACAUCCCGUCACCAAAAUUAGAUUCAGCAAAGGGUUUGCGUUCGCGAACAUAGAGUCUGCCAAUGAGUUCGAAGAGCAGAGAUCCAACUUCUUUGAGGACAACGAGAGAUAUGACGACUACUUAGAGAUGAGAGAAGGGCUCGACUUAGUUGGCGCUAAUUUCCAAGAGUACAUGGUAAUUAAACUGUUUGGCGAACACUAUUCGGGAUCGUCUAAUGAUUUGAGUCGUUUGUCGAGAGACACCACUAUAGACAGCAUAGAACUCAUCAACAACUACACGAUGGCUCCGAGUUAUUCAGAGGCUGUACUCCAAGAGAGAUAUCCGCUUAGGACUGAUAAUAGCCUUAACAUAGGAAAUGAGUUCAAUUCAAAUCAAUUCAAUUCCGACAAAUCAAAUGAUACACUAAUUAACAGAACGACUAAUAGGUUGAGGACUUCGUUAAGCAGAACAUCGUUAAGAAACGGACAAAUCCUGUACUUUGUGUCGCCAAUCAGUAAUGACAGUCAAAAUACAGUCUUCAGACGCUUAUCACUCAUUAAUUCAGAUAAUGUGACCAACGCUGACACCGUUGACAAUCCGCCCACUUAUGAGGAGGUACUCCUCGAAAGCCAUUCAUCGCGACCCCAAACACACGUCUUUACGUUGAAUCCAUUGCGCCGUUCGGUCACCGAUCGGGACUUUUUCAGACGCCUGUCCAACCAUUUCCGGUUUGCGUUCGCGAACAUAGAGUCUGCCAAUGAGUUCGAAGAGCAGAGAUCCAACUUCUUUGAGGACAACGAGAGAUAUGACGACUACUUAGAGAUGAGAGAAGGGCUCGACUUAGUUGGCGCUAAUUUCCAAGAGUACAUGGUAAUUAAACUGUUUGGCGAACACUAUUCGGGAUCGUCUAAUGAUUUGAGUCGUUUGUCGAGAGACACCACUAUAGACAGCAUAGAACUCAUCAACAACUACACGAUGGCUCCGAGUUAUUCAGAGGCUGUACUCCAAGAGAGAUAUCCGCUUAGGACUGAUAAUAGCCUUAACAUAGGAAAUGAGUUCAAUUCAAAUCAAUUCAAUUCCGACAAAUCAAAUGAUACACUAAUUAACAGAACGACUAAUAGGUUGAGGACUUCGUUAAGCAGAACAUCGUUAAGAAACGGACAAAUCCUGUACUUUGUGUCGCCAAUCAGUAAUGACAGUCAAAAUACAGUCUUCAGACGCUUAUCACUCAUUAAUUCAGAUAAUGUGACCAACGCUGACACCGUUGACAAUCCGCCCACUUAUGAGGAGGUACUCCUCGAAAGCCAUUCAUCGCGACCCCAAACACACGUCUUUACGUUGAAUCCAUUGCGCCGUUCGGUCACCGAUCGGGACUUUUUCAGACGCCUGUCCAACCAUUUCCGUCGCCAGUGGAACAGCUAUCACGACAUCCAAGUCAAUGCUAAUGAGACACAACUUUGACUCAAUUUUUAACUAUUUAUAGAUUUGCUUAUAUUAUAUUAACUUAUAUUAUAAAAUACAAAUAUUAAUAUCGUUUAAAUAUAUUACCA